AUGGCGGCGGAACAGAGAAAGCUGCUGGAGCAGCUCAUGGGAGCUGAUCAGCUCAUUGGCUCUGGUGCCCAAGGUCGCAAUUCUCAGCUGACCAUCACAGACCCCAAAGUCUGCCGCUCGUACCUCGUGGGCACUUGCCCACACGACCUUUUCACCAACACCAAGCAGGAUCUCGGUCCCUGCCCCAAGGUGCACAGCGAGGGCCUGAAAACGGAGUACGAGACAGCCUCGCCAGCAGAAAAAGCAAAAUGGGGAUUCGAUUUCGACUAUAUGCGCGAUAUGCAAAAGUACAUCGACGACUGUGACCGGAGGAUCGAGACGGCGCAGCGCCGGCUGGAGAAGACGCCUGAUGAAAUUCGGCAGACGAACGAUCUUCUCAAACAAAUCGCCGAUCUCACCAACACCAUCAACACGGGUCUUCUCGAAGUCUCGGUUCUGGGCGAGACGGGCUCUGUCGCAAUGGCCAUGAGCGAACUGCACAAGAUCCAAACGGCGAAAUUCCAGAAGGAGCAGAUCGAACGCGACCUCAAGAAUCUCCAAGAUACCUCCGGUCCUUCGGGACACCAGAAACUGCAGGUUUGCGACGUGUGCGGCGCCUACCUCUCCCGACUUGAUAAUGACCGACGGCUGGCGGAUCACUUCUUCGGAAAGAUGCACAUGGGCUAUUCGGAUAUGCGCAAGACAUACAAGAAGCUGAGUGCAGAGUUGAAGGGUCGGGCUCCGCCUGUGCGGCAGCACCAUGAGGAGGAUGAUAACCCGUACACUAAUGGUGGUCGGGCUGGUGGCCGGGGUCCGCGGUAUGGUGGUGGUGGCGGUGGUGGAUAUAGGAGGCGCGGAGGCAGGUGGUGA